AUGUUCAAGCUUCACCGCCACCGCUCCUCCGACCGCGUCGGCGAGCGCUUCGACUUCAGAUUCUCUAACUUCCGCGCCGUCCAGGUCCCCGCGGUAUCAGACAGGCUCUUCCUAUCCAUAGUUUCAGUCGACAAUGGAAAAACAAUUGCAAAGUCCAGUAAAGUAGCUUCUCGGAGUGGAAUAUGCCAGUGGCCUGACACCAUCUUGGAACCCAUAUGGUUCUCCAAGGACGAAGUCUCCAAAGAAUUUGAAGAAUGCCAGUACAAGAUUAUUGUCUCCCUGGGAUCGACAAAAUCUGGCAUUCUUGGGGAGAUUUUUCUAAAUCUGUCUAAUUUUCUGAAUAUAGUCGAUCCAACCGCAAUCUCUUUGCCACUGAAGAGAUGCAACUCUGGAACAGUUUUACAGCUUAAGGUUCAAUGUCUUGGCACAAAAUCUAAGCUGAGUGGUGUCAGAUCAUUGAGGGAUAUGGCUCCCCGUCACGAUGACCGUAGUCCAACGCCAACCAAUGAUGAGAUGGACAACAGGUCAGAUUGCUCCGAUGGUAUGUUCAACAAGGGUGUUCGUUCUUCAUCCGAAAAUCAUCUGGGUGGAACUUAUCAAGAUGAAUCUGGAAACAGGGAAACAAGUUUCUCUGCAUCAGGGUCCCAUCGGAGUUCUAAUUCUGGAGAUAGUACUGCAGAUAGAACAAACUUCUCUCCUAGAGACAACUCUAAUGGAGGACUUUAUGUGGGAAGGCAGGAUUCUGCUAGUUCCUAUGCUAGUUAUGGGCAUCUGACUCAUCUAAAGAUCUCCUUGAAGCUGCUGAAGAAACAAUUGAGGAGCUCCGUGAUGAGGCAAAAAUGUGGGAACGCCACUCUCGCUAAGUUGAAGGCUGAUCUAGAGAUGCUGAAAAAGGAGUGUUCUGAAAAAUCAAAGCAACAGGCUGAGCUAGCAGUUGAGCUGUCUGCUGCACAAGCUGAACGGGAUUCAUAUAGGCAUGAAAUAGAAGAAUUGAAAUCAUCCUUACAAGAUGUAAACACACGGCAAAUAAUUACAGGAACACCAAAACGUUCAGACUGGAUAGACCUGCAGAAGGAACUUGAAGGUGAGGUUAAGUUUCUUAAAGAAUCGAAUACGGACUUAACCAUACAACUAAACAGGACUCAAGAGUCAAAUAUAGAGCUUCUUUCCAUUCUUCAGGAACUGGAGGAAACCAUUGAAGAACAGAGAGUUGAAAUAUCUAAGAUUUCGAAGGUCAAGCAGACUGCUGAUCCUGAGAAUGGGCUGUUAGUAAAAGAAGACAAAGAGUGGGCUAAGAAACUGUCAAUGAAAGAGGAUGAAAUCACAAUUCUGAGGGAGAAAUUGGAUCGUGCUCUCAACAUUGGAAAUGCAGGUGGUGCAGGUUCCAAUGCCAUUUAUCUUGAAUUGGAGAAAGAAAAUGAAAUUUUAAGGGCUAAAAUACAAGAGCUUGAGAAGGACUGCUCUGAACUAACAGAUGAAAAUUUGGAGCUUAUAUAUAAGCUGAAAGAAAAUGGUCUGACAAAAGGUCAGGUUCCUCGUAUUUCAAACAACAAUGAGCUGCAAUUCGAAGAGCUUACAUCCCGGAUUCAUCAACUGGAGGAGGAACUUAGGAAUAAGGAAAUGUUAAGAGAUGACAGUUUUUCUGAGUCAUCAAUGUCUAAUGCAGAUGAGUUACAGAGAAAAUGUGCUGACCUUGAGCUGAAGCUGCUAAAUUUUAGGUCUCAAACCUGUGAGCUAGAAGAAAAGUUCCGAAAAAGCCAAGAGGAGCUGAAACAAAGCAAUCUCGAGUUAUCUGAGCUGAGAAGAAAGAUAAACGGUUUACAUUCUACUGAACUGGGAGUUUGUGAAUCUGGUGUGACAUGGAAGUACCAAUCGAGAAUAGCAGAUCUAGAGGAUACUGAACAACCUGAGACAGAUACACUAAAGGCUAGGUUUGAAUUGCAACUGCAGGAAAAUGAUGACCUUCGGCGUUCCAAGGUUGAGAUGGAAAAUUUUAUUUCUGAGAUUCAGGCAGAGAAGAGUCAGCUUGAGGAACGCCUGUCCGCAUCGCUUAAAGAAAGCAGCAUCACAUCUAAAUGCUUGGAUGAAGUGCGGAAAGAUAUACUUGUGCUUUCCAGCAGUAUAGAUUCCCAUGUUUCAACCAAUAAGCUUCUUGAGAGGAACAUAGUUGAGCUAGAGAGCUGCAAAGCUGAACUAGAGUUGCAUGUAUCGGAGCUGGAACAGGAAAACAUAGAGUUGUCAGAACGGAUAUCUGGACUGGAAGCACAAUUGACUUACCUGACAAAUGAAAAGGAGUCAAGUGAGCUGCAGAUGCAUGACUCCAGAUCUCUCAUCAUCAAUCUCAAAGAUAAAGUAGAGCGUCAGCAAUCAGAGAUGGAAACUCAAAGGCUCGAGUUUAAGCAGAAACAACAAGAAUCUCAAAGAAGAUUGUCAGAAGCACAAGAUGAUUCUGAAGUUCUGAGAAGAUCUAAUUCUAAACUACAAUCUACGGUUGAGAGCCUUAUUGAAGAGUGCAGUUCUCUUCAGAAUCUAACUGCUGAUCUGAAAAAGCAGAAGUUGGAAUUACACGGUCAUCUUACGCAAAAAGAGCAGGAACUGGACGAGUCGAAAAAAAGGAACUUUGAGUUUAGCAAAACAGUGGAGUUCCUUGAGGCAAAGCUUUCGUCACUACAGAAGGACAUUUCUUCUAAAGAGCAAUCUUUAUUGUCAGAAUUGGAGAGUAUAUUCCAGGAGCACAUGGAACAAGAAGAAAGAAUUAAUCGCGCGCAUUUCAUGCUCAAUAAGAUUGAGAAAGAAAAGACUCUUGAAGUAGAGAAUCUCGAGAGGGAGGUCGUCAGCCUCACUGCACAGGUCUCCUCCACGCAUGAGGAGCGAGAAAGUGCCACUCUGGAUGCUAUUCGAGAGGUAUCUGUCCUGCGAGCAGACAAUGCUAAACUUGAGGCUAAUCUCCAAGACGUUAGUGCACAAUUGAGACACUACGAAUCUCAAUUGGAAGACCUUCGUAAGGAGUCUAAAAAUAAGAUUAAAGGAUUGGUUGAUUCCCUUAAUGCCUCCAAACAAAGCGAGGAAAUGUUGACAUCAGAUGCUGAACAUAUGAAAAAGUUGAUGGAAGCUGCUAAAUCCAAUGAAGAUGCGUUAAGGAAGACUUCUAAUGAACUAGAACUGAAGCUUAAAUCCAGUGAUUAUGAGAAACAACAAAUGCUGGAAGAAAUAUCUGGCCUGAAACUUCAGGUUCAGAAAAUAAUGAAUCUUCAAGAUGAGGUUUUCAAACUUCAGAGUUCUCUUGAUGAGGCCAAGUUUGAAAAAGGGAAACUGGAGGAGUUUCUGCGCUCGGUGACUGAGGAAUGUGAAGAACUCAAAGCACAGAAGGCUAUGCUAACAGAUAAAGUUUCUGAUAUGCAGGAGACUUUGAGAAAUGGUGAAGAAGAAAAGCGAAACAAAAUAGCUAUGCAGGCAAAGCUCGUGAGGUUGGAGAGUGAUCUAUCAGCAUCAGAAGCAUCACAUGUACAUGAAGCAGAAUUAAAGAACGAACUCAGUAGGAUCAAGAGAUCAAACAGUGAGUACCAGAGGAAGAUACAAUCUCUCGAGCAGGAAAAUGAGGAUCUCACCAGGAGAGUUCAAAUUAUGGAAAAGGGUUUUGAGCAAAUGUCCCACGUUAAAGAGAACCUUGGAAAGCAGGAGAUUGGAGGAGAUAACCAGGCAGCCAUUCAGUCAAAAAUUCAGUUACUGGAAACUAAGCUCGCAGAGGCAUUGGAGGAAAAUAAGAUGUACAGAGCUCAACAGAAGAGUCCGAUGCCUGAGGGGCAAUCUGCUGAUGGAGAUGGCAAGGAGGGUAAUACCGACAGGAUUUUGCAGUUGGAAGGAGAACUAAGAGAUAUGAAGGAACGAUUACUCAACAUGAGCUUGCAGUAUGCAGAGGUAGAGGCUCAGAGGGAACGAUUAGUGAUGGAGCUUAAAGCUAUCAAGAAAGGCAGGUGGUUUUAG